CUUUGAUUUCUGAGGGCAGCUGCGCUGACACGCCGCAGUUCGGAGCGAACAAAGAAAGGGGCGCCGCUGCCCCAUCUGUCCCCCGGGGGCAGCUUAGCAGCGCGAUGACGAACGUGGGCAACGGAAUGCCAUCUGUAGGAUGAAGGGCGACUUCUCUUCGCCCCUUCAUUCAGAGGUGGAAUUAGGAAACCCGUCUGGCUCCAGGUGCAGCGUUUAAGCUUCCUGGAAGGGAAAAAAAAGGGAGCAGAUCCCCCAGUAGCUGAAAGACAUGUCUAUCACGGGACUGAAGAGGAAGCAGCCGAAGACUUUUAAAGUGAAAGUGAUAACCAUGGAUGCUGAAAUGGAGUUCAGCUGUGAGAUAAAAUGGAAGGGGAAAGACUUGUUUGACCAGGUGUGUCGUGCGCUGGGCCUGAGAGAAACUUGGUUCUUUGGCUUGCAGUACACCAUCAAAGGGAUGCCCAGCUGGCUGAAGAUGGAUAAAAAGGUUUUAGAUCAGGAAAUCCCCAAAGAAGAUCCCGUUAGUUUUCGCUUUCUGGCUAAAUUUUACCCUGAGAAAGUUGAAGAGGAGCUGCUUCAGGAGAUCACCCAACACUUAUUCUUCCUCCAGGUUAAGAAACAAAUACUGGAUGAAGAAAUCUACUGUUCUCCUGAGGCUACAAUUUUGUUGGCUUCUUACGCUGUUCAAGCAAAGUAUGGCGAUUAUGACCCCGACUUCCACAAACCAGGCUUCCUAGCCCAGGAGGAGCUCUUGCCAAAGAGAGUCCUCCAUCUGUAUCAGAUGACACCUGAGAUGUGGGAAGAGAGGAUAGCUGCCUGGCAUGCAGGGCACAGGGGUAUAGCCAGAUAUGAAGCGGAGAUGAACUAUCUAAAAAUUGCACAGGACUUGGAGAUGUACGGGGUCAAUUAUUUUCCUAUUUCUCAAAAGAAGAACCACACUGAUUUCCUUCUCGGUGUUGACGCCAAAGGAAUCCACGUGUACAGCAUCAACAAUCGGUUCUCUCCCAACAAGUCUUUCGAAUGGAGCAGCAUUCGGAAUAUUUCCUACAGUGAGAAAGAGUUAACAAUUAAGCCAAUUGACAAGAAGGCUGAAGUCUUCAAGUUCUUCUCCUCACAGCCCAAAGUCAAUAAACUGAUCAUGCAACUUUUCAUUGGAAACCAUGAUUUGUUCAUGAGGAGGAGGAGAGUAGACCCCAUCGAGAUCCAGCAAAUGAAAGCUCAAGCCAGGGAAGAGAAAGCUAGAAAGAAGACGGAGCACCAGCGGUUGGCCAGGGAGAAGCAGCUGCGUGAAGAAGCUGAGCGAGCCAAGGAGGAGCUGGAAAGGCGCCUGCGUGAGGCGGAGGAUGAAGCCAGGCAAGCCAACGAGGCACUGCACCGUUCAGAGGCAGCUGCGGAGCUGUUGGCUGAGAAGGCUCAAAUUGCCGAGGACGAGGCGAAGCUGCUGGCCCAGAACGCUGCUGAGGCUGAGCAGGAACGCCAACGGCUGGAGCUGGCUGCCCAAAAGACCAAGGAAGAGAAGCGUCUGAUGGAGCACAAGAUGCGGGAAGCAGAGCUUAUCGCCAUGAAGCUGGUGAAAGAGUCAGACCGCAGGGCCAAAGAAGCUGCACACCUGAAGCAAGACCUGCAGGAAGCCAAAGAAGCUGAAGAAAAAGUCAAGCAGAAACUCCUGGAUGUCAACAAGCGGAAUCAUCUUCCUUGUCCCCCAUCCUUCCUGGCCGACGCUAAAGAUGUCAUUGCUGACAAAGGAAGCAUAAAGCUGGAUUUAAGAGACAUCGACUUGAAGAGGCUCUCUUUGGAGAUUGAAAGGGAAAGGUUAGAUUACCUUGAUAAGAGCCGGAAGUUUGAAGAUCGGCUAAAAGAACUCAAGUCGGAAAUACAUUCUCUGAAAUUUGAAGAGAAGCACGCUGGGCUCUUCUCACACUGGAAUGAAUUGCUUGGGUCCUUGGACCGAUCCUCGGGGAAAGCGUACAAGACUCCUACAUGGAUCAAAGCUUUCGAGGCAGACGUUUUUGACAGCCUUCAGAGGCCGUUCUUGGUGCAUCCACUGAAUGCGGACAACAGCACCAUGCUUCACACUCCAGUAGAAAAACCUUCUUUUCAGACUGAUCUGUUGGUUGCCGGAAAUGUGGGGACAGGAACCAGAAAGCAAAUUAAGGUUCAGCAGCAUAAAACAGAUGUGAUCUACAUUUGAAGAUCUGGUGGCUCCUUAAUCUGUGUCAAGAUUCAAAGGCUUUUAUCUAUUGCUCAAGCCCCCCUCAUUCUCCCAAGAGGUUUGUCCAAAUGCUAAGGCAGAGCAGACAAUGGCCCUGGAACAGCUCUUCUGCUGUGCCUCACCUUGCAGUCUGAACAGUGCUGUGAUGCGAUAUAUCUACAGAGGGGUGUGAGUGCACGCGAAAGUCUUAGAACACUGUGCAUUUAAGUGUUUGCAUUUCAAUAAGAACAUUCUUGCUAACUGAAGAUUUCUCAAGAGAUGUAAACAGUUCUAUGAACUGUGGUCCCAAUCUAGCCAAGUUGAAUGUUGACAUUUCCAAAUGAAACAAGUCAGCGCUGUCACCUCAUUACAAUGGAGUAACAUUGAAUGUUGUGUUUUGGAUUAUGUGUGGGUUUUUUUUAAAAAAAGAGUUUAUGUUCACUAAGAUCAAUGUUUGUAAAUAAUUCUGCAAUUUAUUACAGCAACGUUUUAAAAUAAAAAAUUAUAUAUUUGA